AUGGCUGCGACUCUGAUUCCGCGGAAGUUUCGCCCGGCCGACGGCGAGGAGGCCGAACCGGGGUGGUUGAAGCGUCAAGUCACCAAUGUCCUGCAAACUAUUUCCCGUCGUGCUUGUCUCCAUCCCAUUCACACCAUUGUCGUCGUCGCACUGCUCGCCAGCACUACCUACGUCGGUCUGAUCGAGGGCAGCAUUUUCGAUCCGAUCCGAAACCCCCGGAAUGUCGCCGGCCAAGUGGAUGUCGACACCCUUCUCCAGGGCAGCAGGAACCUCCGAUUAGGCGAGAGUACCUCGUGGAAGUGGCAGGUGGAUGACGCGUUGACACACAAUGAGGUCGAGGUCGCCCAGCAUCUGGCAUUGGCCACCUUCAUUUUCCCGGAUUCCCUGUCGCGAUCGGCUUCCACUGCCCCCGUUGCGGAUGAAGUACCCGUUCCCUCCAACGCCUCCGCCACGGUCGUUCCUCACACCCCGAAUCUGUUCUCGCCCUUCUCCCAGGACUCGUCGCUCGCCUAUACUCUUCCCUUCGACCAGGUCCCUGAAUUCCUGAAGGCGGUGCAGGAGAUUCCUGACCCUUCCGCCGACGAGGAUGUUGGCGAGCAGAAAAAAUGGAUCAUGCGUGCGGCUCGGGGUCCGGCGUCUGGCUCGACCCGGUCGCUGCAGUUGUGGUUGACCGACGCCUGGAGCUCCUUCGUGGACUUGAUUAAGCAUGCCGAAACGAUCGAUAUUGUCAUCAUGACUCUGGGUUAUCUUUCCAUGCAUCUCAGCUUCGUCUCCCUUUUCUUCUCCAUGCGUCGUCUUGGCUCGCGGUCCUGGUUGGCAUUCACCGUCCUUCUCUCCGGCGUGUUUGCUUUCCUGUUCGGUCUCCUCGUGACCACCAAGCUCGGUGUGCCGAUCAACGUGCUGCUUCUGUCCGAGGGUCUUCCCUUCCUGGUCGUUACCAUUGGAUUCGAAAAACCGAUCAUUCUUACUCGCGCCGUUCUUCACGCGUCGGUGGACCGGAAACGUCAGGGUGCCCCGGGGGCUACCCCCAACCAGCCGGCUCCCAGAUCCAUCCAGGAAUCGAUUCAGACCGCGGUCAAGGAGCAAGGAUUUGAGAUUGUUCGUGACUAUUGUAUUGAGAUCGCCAUCUUGGUCGCCGGUGCGGCGUCUGGUGUUCAGGGUGGAUUGAGACAGUUCUGUUUCCUUGCCGCCUGGAUCCUCUUCUUCGACUGCGUGCUCCUCUUUACUUUCUACACCACAAUCCUUUGCAUCAAGCUUGAGAUCACCCGGAUUAAGCACCAUGUGGCGACCCGCAAGGCUUUGGAAGAGGAUGGAAUCACCCAGCGGGUGGCCGAGAACGUCGCGUCCGACAACGACUGGCUCCAGUCUAGCUCGGACAGCGAUGGCGACACCAGCAUCUUCGGAAGAAAGAUCAAGUCCAGCAACGUCCGUCGCUUCAAGAUCCUCAUGGUGGGAGGCUUCGUCCUGGUCAAUGUGGUCAACCUGUCCGCCAUCCCGUUCCGCAACUCCACCCACAACUCGAACAUUCCCAUCAUCUCCCGGGUUUCCAACGUUCUGGCACCGACGCCCAUCGACCCCUUCAAGGUCGCCGAAAAUGGACUCGACUCCAUCUACGUCUCCGCCAAAAGCCAAAUGAUGGAAACCGUUGUGACUGUCAUCCCCCCUGUCAAGUACAAGCUGGAAUACCCCUCGGUGCAUUACGCCGUCCCUGAGGACGGUCAGUCUUUCGACAUUGAAUACACCGACCAAUUCCUGGACGCGGUUGGUGGACGAGUCAUCGAAAGCCUCCUGAAAAGCGUCGAGGACCCGAUCAUCAGCAAGUGGAUCAUCGCUGCCUUGACACUGAGCAUCAUCCUGAACGGGUACCUCUUCAACGCCGCCCGGUGGAGCAUCCGGGAACCCGAGGCUGCUCCAGUGGCUCCCAAGGUGGCUCCCGCCGAGCCGAAGGUUUACCCCAAGAUCGAUCUGAACAGCCCCGAAGGCCCCACGAGAACUCCCGAGGAGUGUGAGGUCAUGCUCAAGGAAAAGCGCGCUGCGUACAUGACGGACGAGGAGCUGAUUGACCUCUCCGUGCGCGGCAAGAUCCCUGGAUACGCUCUCGAAAAGACGAUGGAAAACGAGGACCUCAUGAGUCGAGUCGACGCCUUCACCAGAGCAGUCAAGAUCCGCAGAGGUGUUGUCUCCCGAACCAAGGCUACUGCGGCUGUGACGAGCUCUUUGGAGAAGUCCAAGCUUCCGUACAAGGACUACAACUAUGGUCUCGUCCACGGUGCCUGCUGCGAGAAUGUCAUUGGUUAUCUGCCUUUGCCUCUCGGUGUCGCCGGUCCUCUUACUAUUGACGGUCAAAGCUACUUUAUUCCCAUGGCUACUACCGAAGGUGUCUUGGUUGCCAGCGCCAGUCGCGGUGCGAAGGCCAUCAAUGCCGGCGGCGGUGCCGUUACCGUUCUCACGGGUGAUGGCAUGACCCGCGGCCCUUGCGUUGGUUUCCCUACUCUUGCCCGAGCUGCCGCUGCCAAGGUCUGGAUUGAUUCCGAAGAGGGUACGAGCAUCCUGACUGCCGCGUUCAACUCCACCAGUCGAUUUGCCCGUCUCCAGUCUCUCAAGACCGCGCUUGCCGGUACCUAUCUGUACAUUCGAUUCAAGACCACCACCGGUGAUGCCAUGGGUAUGAACAUGAUCUCGAAGGGUGUGGAGAAGGCGCUGAGUGUCAUGUCCACCGAAUGUGGCUUUGAUGACAUGGCCACCAUCUCGGUUUCCGGAAACUUCUGCACGGAUAAGAAGUCCGCUGCGCUCAACUGGAUUGACGGCCGUGGUAAGGCCGUGGUGGCCGAGGCCAUCAUUCCGGGCGAGGUCGUUCGCAGCGUUCUGAAGAGUGACGUCGACGCUCUGGUUGAACUGAACACCAGCAAGAACUUGAUCGGUAGUGCGAUGGCUGGAAGCUUGGGUGGCUUCAACGCACACGCUGCCAACAUGGUCACGGCGAUCUUCCUCGCCACUGGUCAGGAUCCCGCGCAGAACGUGGAAAGUAGCAGCUGUAUCACGACGAUGAAAAACACUAAUGGUAACCUUCAAAUCGCCGUGUCCAUGCCUUCUAUCGAAGUCGGCACCAUCGGUGGCGGUACUAUCCUGGAGGGACAAGCUGCCAUGCUGGAUCUGCUCGGCGUUCGUGGCGCCCACCCCACCAACCCGGGAGAUAACGCUCGUCAACUUGCGCGCAUCGUCGGUGCCGCUGUUCUGGCCGGUGAACUGAGUCUGUGUUCCGCAUUGGCCGCCGGCCAUCUCGUCCGGGCUCACAUGGCCCACAACCGUAGCGCAGCUCCCACUCGAUCGGCCACGCCUGUUUCGGCGGCUGUCGGGGCGACUCGGGGUCUGGCCAUGACCAGUUCCAAAUGA